GCGCGCGCGGCUGGUCGGCCCGCGGCAGUGCUGCGCGGUUCCGGCGUCGAGGCCCGGCAUGGCGGGGGCCGGGGCCAGGCCGGGCCGGACCCGGACCUAAAUGCCUCUGUUCCUUUCUGCGCUGUUGGUCUUGCUGCUGGUUGCGCUUAGCGCCCUCUUUCUAGGCCGGUGGCUUGUAGUACGGUUGGCCACCAGGUGGUGUCAGCGGAAGCUGCAGGCGGAGUUGAAGAUUGGCUCCUUCCGCUUUUUCUGGAUUCAGAAUGUCAGCCUUAAGUUUCAGCAGCACCAGCAAACGGUGGAAAUUGAUAACUUGUGGAUUUCCAGCAAACUCCUUAGCCAUGAUCUGCCACACUAUGUGGCCUUGUGCUUUGGAGAAGUACGCAUCAGAACGGACCUACAGAAGGUUUCUGGCCUGUCUGCUCCAUUCUCACAGAGAACUGGGGUGGAUCAAAAAGAACUGUCUUUCAGCCCAUCCUUACUGAAGAUCUUCUGUCAACUAUUCUCCAUUCAUGUAGAUGCUAUAAACAUAAUGGUUCUCAAGGUGGCUACCUCUGAGUCCUUGUGGCACAUUCAGAUCAGUAGAAGCAGAUUUCUUUUGGAUAGUGAUGGAAAGAGGCUAAUCUGUGAGGUGAGCUUAUCUAAGAUCAACAGCAAAGUUCUGAAGAGUGGUCAGCUGGAGGACACCUGCCUAGUGGAACUCUCCCUGGCUCUAGACCUGUGUCUCAAGGUGGGCAUCAGCAGUAGACACCUGAAAGCUAUCACUGUGGGUAUAUGGACAUUCCAUGCUGAACUACAUGAGGGCCUCUUCCAUAGUCAACUCCUGCGUCAGGGCCGAAGCCUGGUAUCCAAGCCUGUUUCUUAUUCAGAGGUGACAGAGAACUUGGCUGAACCAAUGCUUCCUGGUCUGUACCUCCUCCAGCAGCUGCCAGACCAGGUGAAGUUGAAGAUGGAGAACACAAGUGUGGUCUUGUCCAUGAAUAGUCAAAAGAGGCACCUGACUUGGACACUGAAGCUGCUACAGUUCCUCUACCACCGUGAUGAGGAUCAGCUGCCUCUGAGAAGCUUCACUGCACACUCUGAUAUGGCACAGAUGAGCACUGAGCUCCUACUGGAAGAUGGAUUGUUGCUGUCCCAGAGUCGCCAGCGCAUUAUCUGCCUCAACUCCCUCAAGGCUGUUGUGCAGGUGACCACUAUUGAUCUCUCAGCCUCUCUACUUCUGAACACAUGUAUCAUUCAUUACCGGCACCAAGAAUUUUCUCACUGGCUGCACAUGGUAGCAUUGGAGACUCAAGGGUCUAGUUCAUCUGUCCUUAAGCAAAAGAAAACAAGAAUCUUCCCUCAAAUCCUGGCUCCUAUUAUCUUCAACACCUCCAUCUCCAAUGUCAACAUUUCCAUUCAGCUUGGAGAUACACCACCUUUUGCCUUGGGAUUUAAUUCCAUCUCUCUGGAUUACCAGCACCUCAGGCCACAAAGCAUCCAUCAGCGAGGUGUCCUAACUGUAGACCACCUCUGCUGGCGUGUGGGCAGUGACUCCCAUAUUCAGCGGGCACCACACCCACCCAAUAUGCAUGUUUGGGGUGAAGCACUUGUCCUGGACUCCUUCACCCUGCAGGGUAGCUAUAACCAGCCUCUGGGGCUGUCCAGCACUCAGUCAGAUACCCUUUUUCUUGAUUGUACUAUUCGAGGACUUCAGGUAGAAGCAUCAGACACUUGUGCCCAGUGUCUGUCUCGUAUCUUAUCCUUGAUGAGUCCACAGCCUGGGAAAUCAGCUAUCUCUAGGGACUCUUCAUUUGUGGAUGCUGUGACAUUACUGUGGAAGGUGGAUCUGAAGGUAGAAGACAUGAACUUGUUCACUCUCUCUUCUCUGGUUGGUGCUUCCGAAGUACGACUGGACACACUGACAGUCCUGGGUAGUGCUGAGACAUCCCUUGUGGGGAUUCAGGGGUUUGUGCUUGCACUGGUAAAGUCAGUCACAGAGAAGAUGCAGCCGUGUUGCAAGGCUCCUGACAUUCCUGCUCCAGUGCUCCGUCUCUCCAUGCUCUCCCUCACCUAUCACAGCAGCAUCCGCUCUCUAGAGGUUCAGUGUGGUUCAGGGCUGACCUUACUUUGGAGCCCCCCUGAUCAUAUGUACCUGUACCAGCAUGUCCUGGCCAUCCUGCAGUGCCGAGACCUACUGAGAGCCACUGUGUUUUCUGAGACUGUUCCAUCCCUUGCACUGGAGACUCCAGGGACCACUCCUGACACAGAAGAACAUCUCCCUGAGCUGUCUCCACCAAGGCGGCUGCUAAACCUGACACUGGAGGUGAGCACAGCCAAACUGACUGCCUUUGUAGCUGCGGACAAGUUCAUUACCUUGGCUGCAGAGAGUGUGUCACUGAAUCGGCAUGGAGGCUCAUUGCAGGCUUACUGCCCAGAGCUGGCUGCUGGUUUUGAUGGCAAUAACAUCUUCAACUUUAAGGAGGUGGAAAUACAGCUGCUCCCUGAGCUCGAGGAGAUGAUUCUCCACCGGAACCCCUUUCCUGCUCUGCAGACCCUCCGGAACCGUGUUUGGCUUCUCUCCCUUGGCUCAGUCUCAGUGGAGUUCCCUUACCAGUAUGACUUCUCUCGAACUCUAGAUGAAGCUGUGGGAGUUCAAAAAUGGCUGAAGGGGCUGCAUCGAGGGACUCAUGUUUGGACGUCUCCAAGCCCUGCCCCACUACCACCUGAUUUGCUCUUGAAAGUUCAACACUUUUCAUGGGUUUUUCUGGAUGACAUUUUUGAAGUGAAACUUCAUGAUAACUAUGAACUGAUGAAGGAUGAAAGUAAGGAGAGUGCAAAAAGGCUGCAACUGCUAGAUGCCAAAGUGGCUGCCCUUCGGAAACAGCAUGGGGAGUUAUUGCCAGCCCGAAAGAUUGAGGAGCUCUAUGCCUCUUUGGAACGCAAAAACAUAGAGAUCUACAUCCAGCGCUCUCGUCGUCUCUAUGGCAACACACCCAUGCGUAGGGCAUUGCUCACAUGGAGCCUGGCAGGGCUAGAGCUAGUGGCUCUGGCAGAUUCCUCCUUCCAUGGGCCUGAGCGUGUGGUAGAGCAGGUUCGAGAGCUGGAUCCCAGCAGCCCUUUUCCUGCUGAAGGAAUAGAUCUUGUCAUUCAGUGGUGUCGCAUGCUUAAGUGCAAUGUUAAGACCUUCCUAGUUCGGAUCAGAGACUAUCCACGGUACUUGUUUGAGAUCCGUGACUGGAGGCUGAUGGGUCGACUCGUGGGCACGGAGCAGAGUGGUCAGCCUUGCUCUCGUAGACGACAGAUAUUGAACUUGGGACUUCCAUGGGGUAAUGUGGCAGUAGAGAGAAACAUGCCCCCACUGAAGUUCUACCAUGACUUUCACUCGGAAAUCUUCCAGUACACGGUGGUGUGGGGUCCAUGCUGGGAUCCAGCCUGGACAUUGAUUGGCCAGUGUGUGGACCUAUUGACCAAGCCCUCAGCGGACCCCAGCCCACCCUUGCCCUGGUGGGACAAGAGUCGUCUUCUGUUCCACGGGGACUGGCACAUGGACAUUGACCAGGCGAACCUGCACCAACUGGCUACUGAGGACCCGUACAAUACAACUGAAAACAUGCACUGGGAAUGGAACCACCUUUCUUUUCACUGGAAGCCUGGUCAGUUUGUGUUCAGAGGUGACUUGGAUAUCAAUGUGAGAACAGCUUCUAAGUAUGACGACUGCUGCUUCCUUCACCUGCCUGACCUCUGCAUGACACUGGACCUGCAGUGGCUGUGCCAUGGGAACCCCCAUGACCACCAUGGUGUCACUCUGAGGGCCCCAGAGUUCCUGCCUGAGGUACCCUUGGGCCAACUCCAUGACUCCUACCGGGCCUUCCGCUCUGAGAACCUCAAUCUCUCCAUCAAGAUGGAUCUGACUCGACCCAGUGGGACAAUAUCCCAGCCCCGAAUUCUGCUAUAUAGUAGCACCCUGCGCUGGAUGCAGAACUUCUGGGCAACGUGGACUAGUGUCACAAGGCCUAUCUGCAGAGGAAAGCUCUUCAAUAACCUGAAACCCAGCAAGAAGAAACUUGGCCAGCACUAUAAGCAGCUUUCCUGUACCGCACUUUUUCCCCAGCUGCAGGUGCACUACUGGGCUUCAUUUGCCCAGCAACGGGGCAUCCAGAUUGAGUGCAGUCAGGGUCAUGUCUUCACUUUGGGAACUCAGCGGCUUAUACCUCAAGCAGGCACAGUGAUGCGGCGCCUCAUUUCUGAGUGGAGUGUGACCCAGAUGGUUAGUGACUUAAGUCAGGUGACUGUUCACCUGAUGGCGUCGCCCACAGAAGAGAAUGCUGAUCACUGCCUUGAUCCCUUGGUAACAAAGACCCAUCUGAUGAGCCUGUCUUCCCUCACCUACCAACGGCAUAGUAAUCGUACAGCUGAGGAGGAGCUCUCUACUCGAGAUGGGGAUCCUGCCUUUCACACCCACCAACUGUACUUGGUAGAUUUACGGAUUUCCUGGACAACCACCAACCGGGACAUUGCCUUUGGUUUAUAUGAUGGCUACAAAAAAGCAGCUGUACUCAAACGUAAUCUUUCUACUGAAGCCCUGAAGGGUUUAAAGAUUGACCCCCAAAUGUCAACCAAAAAGCCAAAGCGGGGUGUCCCAAAGAGUACCCUAGCAUCACCUCAUGUUGACACUCCUAGCUUCAGUGGACAGCCUGAUAAGGGGUCAUCAGGAGGUGCUUACAUGUUGCAGAAGCUGAUUGAAGAGACAGAUAGGUUUGUGGUAUUCACAGAAGAGGAAUCAGGUAUGAGUGACCAGUUGUGUGGCAUUGCUGCCUGCCAGACGGAUGACAUAUACAACCGAAACUGCCUUAUUGAGUUGGUCAACUGCCAGAUGGUUCUUCGUGGAGCAGAGACAGAAGGCUGUGUCAUUGUGUCAGCUGCCAAAGCCCAACUUCUGCAGUGCCAACACCAUCCAGCCUGGUAUGGUGACUCUCUGAAGCAAAAAACAUCUUGGACUUGCCUGCUGGAUGGCAUGCAGUACUUUGCUACUACUGAAAGCAGCCCUACUGAGCAGGAUGGCCGGCAGCUCUGGCUAGAGGUGAAGAAUAUUGAGGAGCACCGGCAGCGCAGUCUGGACUCUGUGCAGGAGCUGAUGGAGAGUGGGCAGGCAGUGGGAGGCAUGGUUACCACCACCACAGAUUGGAACCAGCCAGCUGAGGCCCAGCAAGCCCAGCAAGUUCAGCGAAUCAUUUCACGUUGUAGUUGCCGAAUGUAUUAUAUUAGUUACAGCCAUGAUAUUGAUCCUGAACUUGCGACUCAGAUUAAGCCACCUGAGGUUCAUGAGAACCAAGAAAAGGAAGAUCUCCUAAAGAAGCAAGAAGGGGCUGUUGAUACCUUUACUCUCAUCCACCAUGAACUGGAAAUUUCGACCAACCCAGCUCAGUAUGCCAUGAUCCUGGACAUUGUCAACAACCUGUUGCUCCAUGUAGAGCCUAAACGGAAGGAGCAUAGUGAGAAGAAGCAACGAGUUAGAUUCCAGCUUGAGAUUUCUAGCAACCCUGAAGAGCAGCGCAGUAGCAUAUUGCAUCUUCAGGAGGCUGUGCGGCAGCAUGUGGCCCAAAUACGGCACCUGGAAAAGCAGAUGUAUUCUAUCAUGAAGUCUUUACAGGAUGACAGCAAGAAUGAAAACCUGCUUGACCUGAACCAAAAGCUUCAGUUGCAGCUAAACCAGGAGAAAGCCAAUCUACAGUUAGAAAGUGAAGAGCUCAAUAUCCUCAUCAGGUGUUUUAAGGAUUUCCAGCUGCAGCGAGCCAACAAGAUGGAGCUGCGAAAGCAGCAAGAAGAUGUGAGUGUAGUCCGUCGCACUGAAUUUUACUUUGCUCAGGCUCGGUGGCGCCUGACAGAGGAAGAUGGACAACUGGGAAUUGCUGAACUGGAACUGCAAAGGUUUCUUUAUAGCAAGGUGAAUAAGUCUGAUGAUACAGCAGAACAUCUUUUGGAGCUGGGCUGGUUCACUAUGAACAAUCUCCUCCCCAAUGCUGUCUAUAAGGCAAUCCUUCGACCUCAAAGCUCCUGCCAGUCUGGGCGACAGCUAGCCCUUCGCCUCUUCAGCAAAGUCCGGCCCCCUGUUGGAGGCAUCUCUGUUAAGGAACACUUUGAAGUAAAUGUGGUGCCUCUUACCAUCCAGCUGACACACCAGUUCUUCCAUAGAAUGAUGGGUUUUUUUUUCCCUGGCCGAAGUGUGGAAGAUGAUGAAGUUGGUGAUGAAGAGGAUAAAUCCAAACUGGUGACUACUGGAAUUCCAGUGGUGAAGCCUCGGCAGCUGAUUACAACAGAUGAUACAGUACCGCUGGGCCCAGGGAAGGGUGUAGCGCAGGGCUUGACUCGGAGUUCUGCAGUCAGAAGGUCAUUUCGCAAAUCACCUGAGCACCCUGUGGAUGAUAUUGACAAGAUGAAAGAAAGAGCUGCCAUGAACAACUCCUUUAUCUACAUAAAGAUUCCACAGGUUCCACUGUGUGUCAGCUAUAAGGGUGAAAAGAACAGUGUGGACUGGGGUGACCUUAAUUUGGUGCUGCCAUGUUUGGAGUAUCACAAUAACACAUGGACAUGGCUGGACUUUGCUAUGGCUGUCAAAAGAGACAGUCGCAAAGCCCUGGUUGCCCAGGUAAUCAAAGAAAAGCUAAGGCUAAAGCCUGCAGCAGGGUCUGAAGUCCGGGGAAAGCUAGAAACUAAAUCAGACCUCAGCAUGCAACAGCAGGAAGAGGAGGAGAAAGCUCGGCUCCUCAUCGGUUUAAGUGUGGGGGACAAGAACCCUGGCAAGAAGUCCAUCUUCGGCAGGCGCAAGUGAUCUGGCUGCAGUGCAGGAUCUGACUCUGGAUCAGGCCCCUGGGACUUGUGGAGUGGGAGGGGCUUCCCUUUAUUCAACAGGAUUUGUGGGAGUUUGAGCCCACAGGUAAUGAGUGAGGUGUUGCCGUUUAGCAUCUGGCCUAUUCCCAGUGAAGCAUGGUGGAUCACAAUGCUGAGUUCCAUUUUGUGCUUAUCAGGCCCAGGGCCAGAGAGGCAAUGAGAGCAAGACCCAGGGAAUGGGCCCAGGGGCUGGGAUCCUGUUGCUUUUGGGUCGGCUGAAAGGGUGGGAGAAUAAUUCUGAUCAAGUGUGAUAAAUUUUUAUAAAUAGACAUAUAUAUAACAUAUACAUAUAUAUAUAUAUAUUUCUAAGUGUAACUGUUCUUUCUUUGUGCCAGGAAGCUGAGGGGAGGGAACGAUCCUCUGUCCCUCAUUCCACUGCCUUGUAUGAAAGUUUAUUGUUCUGGGGGACCAGCUUUUUCCCAGUCUGUAUGCCCACUUGGGAGAAUGGCAAUAGGAAACAGGGAUGGCCAUGGGCUCCCUACUCUUUCCCCCUAAGAUGUGCCCUGGACAAUGGAAAAAAAAAGAUUUAAAGAAAAAAAUAUUUUAAAUGAUA